AUGACUGUGGAGGCACCUCUUGAGGAGGCACCUCAGGAGGUGCCUCCUCCUCAGGCUGUACCUUCGUGUAAACCUUCGCAAAGGUUGCUUACACCUUCAGCGCCCCCAGUGACUGCCACUUCCGUCGCCAACGGAGGGCAGCUUGAACCAAACAGUGAUUUCAUCUCUGACGCACAUGUGGACUUCGACCUUGACUACGUUGAACAGAUGAGUCCUGUGUUAGAUGGCAGCCAGUGUGAGAGUCAUCUGCCAUACACUGAAGGAAGCGCAAGCGACCAGCUUGGAAAAAUCGUGCACCCAGUAGCAGGCCCAAGCGGAUUGAAAACCAAAGGUGAUAGGAAGAAGCCUCGCGAGCUGGAAGGCCCAGACAUCCCCAUCCCUAGAAACGGAGUGCCAUUCCCAUCCGUCCGAGCUGGCUUUGAUGAUUCGUCCACAGACUCAGCAGAGUCAGAUGAGUGUUCUUCACAAGAAACUGCAGGAGAGGUUGCUGCAAGCAAAGUGUCCAAUCCGCGGGAAAAACAGGCUGCGAAACCCACUAGGCGGGAUAUUGCUCGGACUGAUCAGAGAACGCCAGAGAAAAAAGGGAUCGCUGACCAAAUUCCUGGUACACCUGGAAAAGAUUUGCCUCACAACAAGGUCCAUUUAAUCAAGGUCACGUAUUACUCAAUGUCAAGGAAGGAAAACUUGCCUGACUUCUUCCUCAUCCCUGACAGUCAGUCACCACGGCUGCAGACACUUGCCGAGCUGAAGCAGCUGACUCUGGACAAGAGUGGCGAUUGCAAGGUUCUCCUCAAGGCUGAAAUCGUGUACAGUCAGCUAUACAUCACAACAGAGACGCUGUACACCCUUAUGAACCAACUCGUUGCCGCGGAGCAGUUGUUAUCACAGAGCGUUCCGACUGGUGCCCGUUUCCUCCAUUCCGUCUUUACAACCCUCAACAUUGAUCCUGAAGAGAAAGAAGUCUACAUCAUUGGUGUGCAUGAGAGAACGGAGUGGCGCGCAUUCAACAUCUUCUCCAACCUGCUCAAGAAGCAUACAAGAAAAGUGUAUGAAAAUUUCUGGAAACCAGCUGGUUCGAGGAAGUUCCACGCGAUGGGAGGUUCAUGCCUGCAAUUGUCUCCUUACAAAAAAAUGAAAAGUACGCCAAUCAAGCUGUUAGCGCUCGCCUCCGGAGUGAAGAAGAAGCAGUAUUGCUACUUUUGCGGCAAAAACUAUGGGGGAAAUAUUUGGCGCCAUCUCAGGGAGUUCCACCGGAAUGAGCCCUUAAUCAAAGACAAGUUUGCAGAGAAUCCCAACAAGGAGCAGCUGAAGGUGUUCUUCAAAGAGUUGGUGCUUCUCGGAAACGGGCAGCACAAUGCUGCUGUUAUGCAAUACAAGCAGGGCACCCUUGUACCAGCACGCCGGACACAAUCGGGCACCGUGCACAAAACCAACCUGUGCCCCUACUGCAGUACACUCCACACCAGCAGGAACUUUCGCAGACACUUGCAGGCCUGCAGGGUAAGGAGAGAGGAAGAGGAAAAGGUGCCUGAGCCAGCUGUGGACAUCCACAAUAUCAACCGGAUCGAGAAACUACGGGCUAAUUUGGACCCAAGCUAUACUUCGGCAGUGGAUAAAAUCCUGAUGAACAUGAGGGAUAAGAGAAUCGCCAGUUUUAUCGUCACAGAUGAUGCAUUGGUCAUUCGAGUGGUCAAAAAUUUCGGCCUUCAGCAAGAAACUGGAAAUAACGGUGUCCAAAUCAGCCGGCGGAAUAUCCGGCUCCUGCACGCACUUUACACAGGUUUCAAGGAGCAUCCCGAAAUUCCAGGAUUAGUCAACUCUCUCCGGGAUAUCUGUAAGCGGUCUGUGUGGCAGGGAUUGCCCAGCAACAGGCCUGCGAGCAAGACUGACCGAAUUCUCGAGGUCAUCCACAUGAUUUGCGGGGGCGGCGAAAACAAGACUGACUUCCACAGGCCAAACGAUGUCAUGACACUCAGCUCGCUUGUCCGCCAGGUUGCAAGUGAGUUGCAGCAGGAGCGGUUUGAGGAAGAUAAAGAUCGGACGGUGUGGGUUGAAGAGUGUCGCCUACUGAUCGAGUACUUGGGAACGAAGAGGUUCCGUAUGUACACCACAACGAGGGCUGCAAAGCAGAAAAAGAGCAAUGAGAAGCUGCACAAGACUCACGUAUCUCCGGACGACCUGAUGCUGUAUAACAAUCACCUAGAGGGGAUGUGUGAUUUUCACCACAUAAAACUGCUCGCGGCGAAAGAUCCUUCCGAGAUUGAAUUGCACUACAGGACUUUGGCCUCACACUUAAAUUUGGCAUUCUGCUCCUUCAACGCUCGGAGGGCAACCGAGGGAAGUUUUAUUACCCUCGAGGACUACGCGCAGAGGAAUAAUUACUCCGGACAGAACAGUGAAGCCCUCUCAAAGGCACAGCAAGAACUGGCUGAGCGUUAUGACGUCAUCACAUCAACUGGGAAAGGGUCCUCAAAAGUGUUGUCGCUCAUCAAACCGGAGUGGCGCGACUAUUUCUGCACGCUGGCCGACAAAGCAGUGCGCGCUGCUGCAGGGAUUCCUGAAAAUUGUGCAUACCUAUUCGGUACUUGUAACGGACGUCCGAUGGAUACAAGAAGGGUGCAGGAAAAAGCGGCAAAAUUGUGCCUUGCCGCCAAACCAACAAGCCUGAGGGCUCGUGCCAUCAGAACUUCGUUUGCGACAACGGUUGGGCACAUGCAGCUCAGCGGGCCAGCAAAGAAGCUCCUAUGCUUACUGAUGGGCCACAGCCAGAAGGUACAUGAUAACUACUAUGAUCUUCCUACGGGCCUCGGCUUCAAUCUGAUGGUUGGUCGAGCCCUCGAGAUUUUCCAGACGGGUGAUAUCAAAAAACACAAGGGAACCACCUUGGAAGAGGCUGCACAGAUCAGGACAACCGAUGCAAAUGCGCCAAAUGCUGUGCAAGAGGAUGACUUCACAAUUGAGGAUCUCCAAGAUGCGAUUCUCCUGGAGGAUGCCGAUGAGGAAGAAGUGGAGGCCGAGCUAUCUGCGCAGGCGAAGCCAAAAAAACGAGGCCGCCCGCCGGGCAGCAAGAACCGAGUGAAAGGAGCGACUCAAACGCCUAGCCGCAAGCUGAAGAAAAAGACUGCACAGUCGGACAGUGCAGAGACAGAUUCAGAACACAGUGAUUACAGGCCCAGUGCGGUUGCCAACGAAUUAGGAACCGGCAAAGAUGCAGCAGUGGCAGAGGUCUGCGCGGAUAAAAACCCCGUAAAACGAGGCAGAGGCCGUCCACCUGGCAAGGCCACCAAAGCAAAGGAACCAAAGCAAAAAGAUCAGCGCGCGCCUAAUGACAAGACGGCACAGUCGGACAGUGCAGAGACAAAUUCGCAAGACGGAGAUGAGAGGCCUAUUACGGAGAGCAACGCCGUGGAUGCCAGCCAACUAAACUCCAGGGAAAUCGCCUCUCCAGCUGCGGCCCCCAUCCAAAACAAAGUGGCGACCAAGAAGCGUGGGCGUCCCAAAAUGGAAAGUGAGGAGCACUUGCAGCCAAAGGUGACAAGAGGACGUACCAAAAAGACGAUUGAUUGAAUUUGUUUAAAAAAUUGAUUAAUAAAUUAGCUGGAUGACAUUCAAGAAGAUCAUGUUUCCUUUACAUAGUCCAAGUUUUCUUAGCAAUUUGGCCAAUCCAGAGGGAAAUGUCAUUUGCAUAUGCCUGCUUCACUCAAAAUUCUGAUAAAAUAUCCAACAAAAUUAGUUGUUCAAACCCGUCCGAUCUAAAAUUGAAUGGU